AGUGACAGCAAAUAUUCAUUUUAUUCCUCAAAUGGCGGAAAAUGCUUUAACUGAGUUGAACAAGUUUGUGUUUUUUUGUUUGUUGAUUAUACAAAUUUCCGUUUCUGAAAUCAUUUUUGAAGAGCGCUUUGAUGAUGGAUGGCGAAGUCGCUGGGUAAAGUCAGAUUGGAAAAGCAGUGAAGGGAAAGCAGGUUCAUUCAAGCACACGGCUGGAAAGUGGGCUGGUGAUCCAGAUGAUAAAGGUAUUCAAACAUCUAGCGAUGCCAAACACUUUGCCAUCUCUGCAAAGAUACCAGAAUUCAGCAACAAGAACAGAACAUUGGUCCUCCAGUAUUCUGUAAAAUUUGAGCAAGAAAUUGAGUGUGGUGGAGGUUACAUAAAGCUACUCUCUGGAUUUGUUAAUCAAAAGAAGUUUGGUGGGGAUACACCUUAUAGUUUAAUGUUUGGACCAGAUUUAUGUGGCACAGAUACAAAGAAGCUCCAUGUCAUACUCUCCUACCAUGGUCAAAAUUACCCCUUAAAGAAGGACCUGCAAUGUGAAACUGAAAAGUUAACUCAUUUCUACACAUUCAUUCUUAGGCCAGAUGCCUCGUACAGUGUCCUGGUUGAUAAUAGAGAGAGAGAUUCAGGAAGCAUGUAUACAGAUUGGGAUAUUCUUCCUCCCCGAAAAAUAAAAGAUGUCAAGGCAAAAAAGCCUGCUGACUGGGAUGAUAGAGAAUAUAUUGAAGACCCUAAUGAUGUCAAACCUGAGGGAUAUGAUUCAAUCCCAAGAGAAAUUCCUGACCCAAAUGCUAAAGAGCCUGAUAACUGGGAUGAAGAGGAAGAUGGGAAAUGGAAACCACCAAAGAUACCAAAUCCAGCAUACAAAGGGCCAUGGAAACGAAAGAAAAUCAAGAACCCCAACUACCAAGGGAAAUGGAAAACUCCGUGGAUAGAUAAUCCAGAAUUUGAAGAUGAUCCUGAUCUUUAUGUGCUUAAGCCUAUCAAGUAUGUGGGCAUCGAAGUUUGGCAGGUUAAAGGUGGUUCAGUUUUUGACAACGUUUUAAUUUGUGAUGAUCCUGAUUAUGCAAAACAUGUUGUAGAGGAAGUUUUUGCCAACAGGGAGAUUGAAAAGGAAGGUUUUGAAGAAGCAGAGAAAGUGAGAAAAGCCAAAGAGGAGGAGGAGGCUCAAAGAGCAAGAGAAGAAGGUGAACGGCGUAGACGUGAGAGAGGUCAUGACCGACGACACCGGGACAGAUAUAGAGACAGAUACAGAAGGCAUCGCCAUGAUUAUAUGGAUUAUCAUGACGAGCUCUGAUGGGAUAAGGCGUCUUCUUUCUUAUCUGGUUAACAAGAAUUUCUAGAUUGUUAUGAAUUAUAAUUAUAAUUGCGUUAAAUAUUGGUGCUAUGUUGCAUCUCAUGUUAAUUUCAAGGGAAACUUUAUAAUAAUAAAUAGUAUCU